CUAUCCAGAGUCCACACUCCAUGCCCGAAAGCAAACGGGGACGAGCAGUGGAGCACGCCAUGGAGAAAAAACCUCGAGCAGCCGCCGCCGCCGUCGGCGACGGAGGCGGCAGCCGCGGCGAGGCCUCUGGGAGCUCUGAAGGUGGAGGUCUGGUUGAGAGGCUCCCCGAGGCGCUCCUGGUGGAGGUGCUCGGCCGGCUCGAGGUGGAUGACGCCUGCUCCGCCGCCGCGUCCUGCCGGGCGCUCCACGGCGCCGCCGCAGCCGCCAUCUCCGCCAUCACAACCAUCGACCUCUCCGCGUUUGCUCCGUCGAACGCGAUCCUAAGCAGGAUUCUCGAGGGGAAUGGCGCGGUCCGCAGCCUUACCGUCAAUUGCAGCCUCCUCGAUGACUCCGCUGCCUCUGUCAUCGCGAAGGGUAGCCUCGGCGAGCUCUCGCUGCUGAAGUGCUCGUUCAGGAUGAGCUUCUUUAUGGCUAUCGGUGAGAGAUGCCGCAAUUUAAGAUCACUGAAGCUGGAGGUGGCAGAUGCUUCAGGUCAUCCUGGAUUCAGUACUUGCCUAGCACCUAUCUAUGCGGGAUGCAUUUACUUGGAGACUCUUUGGAUGAAGUCCCCUCUGCUAGAUCCACAUGCUGCUUAUUACGAGACUGGAUUGCCUUUUCUUCCUAGUAACCUCAAGGAACUGCUGCUGCAACCUGUGUCUCAUUCGCGGGCAAAGACGGUCUUCCCUAGAACCACAUCUCUGACAAAACAUAUCAGUGACAGUUUGGAAUCACUCUCUUUAGUUCUUGACACAAUAACAGAUGAACUUGUUAUGUUGAUCACCGGUAACGUUCGUAACUUAGUUGAACUCUGCCUGGAAGAUGAACCUGUUGCCCAACCAAAUUUGCCUGAAGAUUUGACCAAUGUCGGGCUUCAAGCACUUGGCUUGUGCCACAACUUGAGACAUUUAUCUCUGACACGUCGUUACUGUGACUUCAGACGGGUGAACGACUUUGGGAUACUGAUGCUUGCUGAAGGAUGCAAGCAACUCAGAGCUAUUAGAUUGAGUGGGUUUUCUAAAGUAAGCGAUGCAGGGUAUGCAGCCCUUCUCCACUCUGGCAAGGACCUGAAAAAAUUUGAGGUUAGUAACGGCUUGUGCUUGUCAGACUUGGCGUGCCUUGAUCUUGAUAAGGCAGCCCCAAAUAUCACAGAAGUGAGGUUGCUUAAUUGUGCUCUCCUAACAAGUGAUACAGCAAUAUCUCUUGCACCUUGCACUAACUUAAAGGUUCUUGAUCUUUCGGGUUGCAAGAGCAUUGCAGACUCUGGCUUGGUUUCCAUCUCACAGCUUCCCAAGCUAACUCUCCUGGAUCUUGCUGGAGCUGACAUCACUGAUGCUGGUUUAUCAGCACUCGGGAAUGGGAGGUGCCUGAUAUCUUCUAUGUGCUUGAGAGGGUGCAGAAGGAUCAGCAGUAAUGGAAUAGCUUCACUGUUGUGUGGGACUGGCACCAUCAACAAAACUUUAGUCUCACUUGACAUUGGGAAUGUACCAAGAAUAUCAUGUCGAGCUGUGACAGUGAUUGCCAAGAACUGCGAGCAGAUAAACAGCCUGUGUCUGCGGAACUGCCUCCUAAUAACUGAUUCAUCUCUCGAGGUGCUAGGUUCUAUGGGCCGUGACUCCAAUAAAUGUUCCCUGAGAAUGCUUGAUCUCGCCUACUGCAGUAAGCUGUCUCGUAACUUCCUGAGACUCUUCGAGCCACCAUUGUUUCGAGGCCUGCGGUGGCUUGGCGUCGGGAAGAAUGUGGUUCAACGUCGUGGCUGCAGUCCAACGGUUGCAGAGCUUCUGGAGCGGAAGCCAGGAUUGACAAUCUGUGGCAACGCGUGCGACAUGGGCUGCAGGAACAAGUGCCAUCCUGAUAUUCGUUUUCUUCAGUAGAUGUGUUGUUAUUGCCAUUCGAGUCAAUGUUGUAAUGCUCUGUCCAUUCUUUAACAAAACUAACCUAGGAUUAACAAUCUGUGGCAACGUGUCACAAAUCCGUGGCAACGUGUGUGACAUGGGCUGCAGGAACAAGUGCCAUCCCGAUAUUUGUUUUCUUCAGUAGAUGUGGUGUUAGUCAUUCGAGUUUAUAUUGUAAUUGUUCUGUUCAUUCUUUAACAAAACUAAACUAGUAUUUGUUGUGUGUUAUUGCUUGCAAUGAGAAACCAUUCAUUAUGUACCUGAUAA